AUGUCAGAACGCAAGGUGCUGAACAAGUACUAUCCGCCCGACUUUGAUCCAGCGGCGAUCCAGCGACGGCGUGGACUCGGGCCGAGGCAGCAAGUCGUCCGCCUGAUGGCUCCCUUCAGUAUGCGCUGCAACUCAUGCGGCGAGUACAUCUACAAAGGCAAAAAGUUCAAUGCUCGCAAGGAGGACUCCAAGGAGACUUACUACAGCAUCAAGAUCUACCGGUUCUACAUCAAAUGUACCCGCUGUUCUGCCGAGAUCACCUUCAAGACGGAUCCCAAGAAUACAGACUAUCAGGCAGAACACGGCGCCUCACGUAAUUUCGAGCCUUGGCGAGAGGAGACGGACACGGAGCCCAUCGACAAGCUCGCAAGGCUGGAGGAAGAGGAGAACAAUCCCAUGGCAGAGCUUGAGAACAAGACGGUAGACGCAAAACGAGAGAUGGAGAUCCUCGACCAGCUGCAGGAGAUCAGGACGCGAAACGCUCGCUUUGAGCGGACAAAGCUAGAUGAGGAACGAGUACUUCAGACAGUCAGCUCACGCGUCGAUACCGUCGACGACGAGGCUCUUGCUAAGUCUGCACUCGAUGACGAACAGAGAAGGCAAGAAGAGGAAGACGAGGAACAAGUCAGACGAAUCUUUGCGCGAGGCGCAGUGCCGUCCAUUGAACUCAAUGAGACACCCACAGCAGAUCCUGCUGCCCCUCUUGCCGGUCCCUCAGGAACGACACCCGACGAAGAGGAUGCGGACGAAGGCCUCAUCUUGCCACCCAAGCCGAAGCCAGAGAUCGUCGUCAAACGAAAGCUGGAUCUGAUCGAGCCAGAUGCGCAGACGCUACUCUCAAGUGAUGCACGGGCCUUUGUGGCCAAAGUCGACUUUAGCGCCAGGCCGGUACUGAAGAAGAAGCAAAAGGGUCCCAAUGCCAUGGCGGCCAAGCUAGGCAUCAAACUCAACAAGUGA